CAAUUAUCCAAUCUGUUGGAUUAAUAGUUGAAAGCCAACCGCAUCUAUUUAUAGCCCAUACAACUUCCGCAUCUGAAUCAAACCAAACGCACCAAACCAUUUAGGCCCCUUAAACUAGAGGUCCCUCACACUUUCCCCACACCCCUUAUUGUGUUCUUUUUCUUUCCCACAAAGAGGUCUUAGACCCUUUUGUUUAGUGCAAUGGCCAUGGCUAAGCUUGUCUUUGUUCUGCUUCUGGCACUCCUUGGCAUUUCCAUGAUCACAACUCAGGUUAUGGCAAAGGAUGCUGCUCAGUAUCACUUGGACAGUGGGAAUUAUGGACCUGGGAGUCUAAAGAGCUCUCAGUGCCCAACUCAAUGUUCGAGAAGAUGUAGCCAGACACAAUACCACAAGCCAUGCAUGUUCUUCUGUCAAAAAUGCUGUGCCAAGUGCCUGUGUGUUCCUCCUGGCUACUAUGGAAACAAAGCUGUGUGCCCCUGCUACAACAACUGGAAGACCAAGCGUGGAGGACCCAAAUGCCCUUGAAAUUAAACUUGGUUUCCUCUCAAAUUUAAAAUUCCUCAAAGAAGUGGAACUAUGGUCACUACUAUUUUUUGGGUAGCUCGUAUAUGAUUGGGUAAUCACUAAGACUAUAACCAUCUUGUUUUCUUCAAUGAAAUUAAUUAAAUCAUUAAUUUCAUUAAAGAGAACCAUAUAUGUUACUCCCUCUGCUAAACAAGUAUGAGAGGGAUCUGCAUCUAAUUAGUCGAUUGUCAUUGUCCUUUCUUGAGUAUUAUAUAUAAUGAACUUAUUUUAUAAUUUUAGUUUGUUAUAAUGCAUUAAGAUAUGUCUUGUAGU